AACUCGAGCAGUAUCAGACUAAAGCCCUUUAAUGCGCAUCACUAUCACAGUCGCCAUUACAUGUCGGCCGUUUGUUUUUGUUGCGUUUGCGAAGGAGAUUGCUUAUGUCAACAAUACAGCGCGCGAUUAGAAUUUUAUUGAUAUUAAUUAAACCAUCAAGAAUGUUGAGAUAAAUCAGUUUUAUUUAAUAAACUGCUAUAUUUCAAGAUGGCACCACCUCGUCGCAUUUUAAGGCAACAGUUAGAAAUACUAAUGGAUUUUUUAGAAGAGAAUAGAGACAUGUCCAAGGGAUUGCUCCCUGGUACUCCAGUGUCUCAUCAGAAAACGCGACAGAAAUGGGCAGUACUUGCUAAACAACUUAACUCUGUACAAUCAGGGGCUUUGAAAACUCCUGAUGGUUGGAAAAAGUACUGGUUUGAAUGGAGACACAAAUGUAGAAAAAAGGCAGCAAAUGUACGACGAUUCCGAUCAGGAUCUGACAAUGGUCCAAACAGAUGUAUACCACUAAAUGAUUUAGAAGUGAGAGUUUUAGAACUGAGCGGAAAGGGUUCUGUCACUGCUGCUGUAUCAUCAUCUAGUCAACUUGAUAAUUUUCUUGCAGAAGACUCAGACUCAGAGCCAUUAGAAAACCUAAAAGUUAAAUGUGCUCCAGCCAGCAUAAAAAUAAGAAAGUCGUUUAAUAGCACACCUCGGUCACCAACAGAUAACAUUUCCCGUAAUAUAACACCUCCACCUAAAUGGGCAUUAGACUUUGAAGAGCGUAGAGUGGCAGCGGAAGAGCGUAUGGCUGAAGCUUUAGAGUCGAUGGCCAAUGUAAUGAGGUCACAGGAAGAGCGUCGUGGAAUGCUGGAGGAAAGGAUAGCAGAUGCCUUGACAGCCAUAGCAGGGACUGUUCAAGACCUAAACAGUGGAGUGCAAGAAGCACUACAACACAUGCAACAGAUACAUCCAUUACAAACCAAUGGACCAGACUUAAAAGGAGAUGUUUUCUUAUAGAAUUAUGUACUUAACAUUUAAAACAUAAAAUAAUGUACAUAUUGUAUUAUAAUUGAUUAAUGUGCAAGGCUGAAAAUAUUGUAGAAAUAAGGCCAGUUUGUUUGUCACUUGUCAGUAAUUUCUAGUCUAAAUAUUAUUUGUUAAUGUAUUUUUAUGUAAUUGUAUGAACGGCAAGUUCCUAUUAAUCUACUAUAAUAAGAUUUUUUACAUCACAUGACAUUUGAUUAGUAGGCAGAUUAUAAUAUAACGUACUCAAUUAUUAAUAAUUAUUAUUUAUAUUAAUCAUGAGUAUUGAAUUGUAUGUAAGGAAGACAUUACCUGAACACAUAUGAAUAAAUAAUAAAUUGAUAAAUAAUGUUGUUUAAUUUCC